GAUCAGGAAAUAACCCCCAGGGACUACAAGGGCGGUCGCCUUCUCAAUACCACCCAGCCACUGCCCCCUAUAUUGGAUAUCCAUAUACAGGGGGCAGUGACCCAGCCCGCCAUCUACGGUAGACAAAUCGCUCUGCCUGAGAGAGGCCGCUAUUGGUCGAGAGAGCAGCCAAUGGGGGUGUGGCGGCCGUCUCUCGAGGGUUCUGAGGGGAAAUAAUGGAGCUCCGGGUGCUUGGCUUGAGGCCGGCCGCGUCGGCUUUGCUCGUGACUCUCUUUUUCCUCAGCGCGGCCCGUCCGCCGGUCUUUUCGGCCAGUCCUCCGCGCUACUCGCCCGACUGGGCCAGUCUGGACGCGCGGCCGCUGCCCGGCUGGUUCGACGCGGCCAAGGUGGGCAUCUUCGUUCACUGGGGCGUGUUUGCCGUGCCGGCCUGGGGCUCGGAGUGGUUCUGGUGGCACUGGCAGGGCGAGCACCGGCCCGACUUCGACCAGUUCGUCCGCUCGCGCUUCCCACCUGGCACCACCUACGCCGACUUCGCUUCUCGAUUCAGCGCCCGCGACUUCCAGCCCCACGAGUGGGCCACACUCUUCCAGGAGGCCGGAGCCAGGUAUGUGGUGCUGACUUCAAAGCAUCAUGAAGGCUUCACAAACUGGGGGUCCCCCGUGUCGUGGAACUGGAACUCUGUGGAUACAGGGCCCCAUCGAGACUUGGUGGGAGAACUGGGGGCAGCCCUCAGAGAAAGGAAUAUACACUAUGGACUGUACCAUUCCUUGUUUGAGUGGUUUAAUCCACUCUAUUUAGCAGACAAAAAAGCUGGUUUCAAGAGCCAAUACUUUGUCUUGGGGAAAACGCUGCCAGAGCUUUAUGAACUUGUUACAAGAUACAAGCCGGAUAUCAUUUGGUCCGAUGGAGAAUGGGAAGCUCCGGACACAUACUGGAACUCCACCUCUUUCCUUGCCUGGCUUUACAAUGAUAGCCCAGUAAAGGAUACUGUGGUGGUAAACGAUCGGUGGGGCAUCAACUGCUCCUGCCAUCAUGGAGGGUUCUACAACUGUCAAGAUAAAUACAAGCCUGGCACUCUGCCAACCCAUAAGUGGGAGAUGUGCAGCUCUAUUGACAGAAGAUCAUGGGGAUAUCGAAGCAACAUGAAAACUGAUGAACUCAUGGAUACCUCCAGCAUAAUUCAGGAACUUGUGAGCACUGUGAGUUAUGGAGGAAAUUACCUUCUCAACGUUGGUCCCACCAAAGAAGGGGUGAUUGCUCCAGUCUUCCAAGAGAGGCUGUUGGCACUUGGGAGGUGGCUGAAAAUUAACGGAGAGGCUAUUUAUGAAUCAAAGCCCUGGAGAGUCCAGAGGGAGAAUGGUACUGCCAGGACAUGGUACACUUCAAAAGGAGCAGCAGUUUAUGCUAUCUUUUUUACUUGGCCAGAAGACAAUGUGUUGAUUCUUCCAUCGCCAGACUUCACAGCAAGCAUGAAAGUGACCAUGUUGGGAGUCUCUCGGUCUUUGGAGUGGCACGCAGUCCCAGGAAGAGGAUUGGAGGUCACACUGCCCUCUACAGUCCCUUCCCUUCUCCCGUUGCAGUACGCCUGGACUCUUAAGCUAGUUGGAGUGAAAUAAAGGAACCCUUCUUUCUUUUCUCUCUGAAACAUUAAAGCUGCUAUGAUUAGUGGCAUGAAGAGAUUUAGAGUGGGUGGUCAAAUUAUAGGAUCUGCAGUUAAAUAAAAUGAAACUCUUGUCAGAUUAGCAAUACUCGAAUACUGCUUUUUAAUAGCAACAUACUAAAGAAUAGAAGGAUUUACAUUGCAUAACUCCAGGGACUGAAAUGCUCUGGUGUAAAUGUGCUAAGCUGGACUUGUGUAGAAUGGGGACCAUCCACAGUGCCUUCUCAGGGACAUAACACUCAAGUUAUUGUGAAGGAUGAAGUAGAAUUUUAAACAACAGCUGUGCAGAAUUGUGGAGAAGCAUGACUCCAUUGCAGUAUUUUUUUCCAGCAGCUAGCUGCAGACCAAAUCAGCUUAGACAUUUGAGCAACAAUCUAGCUAAAAUGACAAAUUUCUUCUUUCCAAUUUGGAAGAUAAUAUGCUUGCAUUAAAGCUGCAAGGCACACAGAGUCACUGGUAGUGAGCCAUUACUCCAUCAUAUUUUCAUUACCUCAGGGGAAAUAAACUUUAUUCAUCGAAAGCAGCAAGUGUAUGAUGUGAACACCUUGGCUCCAAGAUUCUGGAGGUAUGUUAAAGUUGACUUUUUGGACAAGGUGAAUUAGCAACCAAACAGAGAUUCUUGGAAUGAGGAUCUAGGAGUAGGUUUACAACAACUAAGUGGGAAGUUACAUAACAUUGAAUAAUUUUCUUCAGGCCCUGCUAUUUAUCUUGUUCAUGCUUUUGUGCACCUUAACUAGGAAGGAAGGGAAGCUCUCCUCAGACGUUCUGGGUAACUUGUGUUACUGCAUUAUGGUUCUGGCUCUUUAAGAGAGGGACUUCAGCCUCCAUUCUGAAUACAUUCAGAACCAUGACUGUGCCAAAACGUCCAAAUCUAGCCUUUGAGCUCAUCUCUAAUCCACUGUCACCUACCUAAUCCCUAUCUUUGUGACAUAGCUUCAUAAAAACAUGUGCAAGCGAAGGAAGGUUCUGGUAUUCUUGACCUCAUACCUUAGAGAAAUACUUUUGUGCUCUCAGAGCAGAAGCCAACCCAAGUAAAUAGGCAUAUGUGGCUGCUUGGUUUAAGAACAAAUGUCAUCUGAAUUUAAAUACACUUGUAGCUGAGAGGUCCCAAUUUCAUUCUUAAACUGGGCCAGCCCAUUGAUUCUUGCCUAGUGUGUGGCUCUAUUUUGUCUGGUGCAAAUACAGUAAUGGCUGUGGCUGUCAGAGGUAUUUGCCCCAAACACUGAUGUUGCAGAGGGCAAGGAGCAGUCCUUGGCUUAAUGUACUAGUGCAAUAUCUUGCCUUCCUAGCCGGGGACAAGGGGACAGAAGCCAUGCUACUAACCUGGUUCAGUCUAGAGAUGGCUGAGGGCUGUGCUUCAGUUGCUCAGCAGCUACAACAGCUGGAUUUCCUUGAAUUACUAGAAUAGUUUCGUGCAGGGUCAGAAGGAAGGCUGAGAGAGGCAGAGCUAAGACCGGAUCGGAGCUUGGUUUCUAAGGGCUGCCUUGUUGCAAAGGAACACUUGACUCUGCACAUGAGAAUGUAAAUUAUACUGAGGUGUGGAGGGAGGGGGAAUUCACGCACACACACACACAUAUAUAUACACACACACAUUUUAUAGCUAAGUUUGAACUGUUCUAUUUGAGAAUGGCCCUUUGAUUGGGCCAUUCAUGGUGUUUUAAUCA